AUGUGUCCAUUCAGUUGAGCGAGUAGGCAUACAUGCCUUUGUGUUUCAACAUCAACCUUAAAAUGUGACUUUAUUAUUUGUUGUAAAAUUCUGAUCUCAAUUCCGUUUGUGGUUUCCACUUUUUUAGCUGUCAUUGAUUUCUGCAAAACCAAAAGGACUCGUUUUUUGUUUGUGCCCACUUCACUCUCCACACGAUCCCCCACGCUGACUUCUUUUCUUCUUCAUUCCAGACUCUUCUUUUUUGCUUCUGGACAUCAGUGAUCUGAAUGAUUUCUGGUGUUGGAACAGACGAUAGUUCACUUGUAGCACAACCUGGUACUUCCUAAGAGGUGAUAAGAAAAUGCAAUUGUACCAUCAUCCAUUUGAUUUGGACUCCCAGAAGGUGAGACUUGCGUUGGAAGAGAAAGGCAUUGAUUAUACAUCUCACCAUGCCAAUCCCAUAACUGGCAAGAACUUGGAUUCUUCAUUCUUCAACAUGAAUCCCGGUGGAAGACUCCCUGUUUUCCAAAAUGGGUCUCACAUCCUUUACAAGACUAUUGAUAUAAUCCAGUACAUAGAAAGAAUUGCUGUGUUCUCCUCAGGGUCUGAGAAUAUCAGUAGCAGUAGCAGGGAAGUGAUUGAAUGGAUGCAGAAGAUACAAGAGUGGGAUCCUAAGUAUUUUUCCCUUUCCCAUAUACCAGAGAAAUACAGGAUAUACGUUUCCAAGUUCUUAAGGCGAGUGGUGAUUGCUCGAAUGUCCGAGUCCCCAGAAUUAGCGGGUGCUUACCAUAAGAAGUUAAAAGAAGCCUAUCAGACUGAAGAGAAAUUGAAAGAGGCAGCUGUAUUGAGAAGGAGCAAGGAGCAUUUGAUUAGGCUGCUUGAUGAAGCAGAGAGGCAGCUGAGUGAAACACCUUAUUUAGCAGGUGAAGAGUUUACCAUGGCGGAUGUCAUGCUCAUUCCGGUGUUGGCUCGUUUAGUACUCUUGGAUUUGGAAAAUGAGUACAUAACUGGCAGGCCCAACAUUGCUGAGUAUUGGGUUUUUGUUCAGCAGAGGCCUAGUUAUAGGAAGGUGAUUGGUAGGUAUUUUGAUGGUUGGAAAAAACACAAGACAUUGUUGAAAACUUGGUGCUUUGUUCGUAUUAGAAGUUUGCUGAAGAGGUACUAGUGACUAGUGAGGUACAUAUUGGUUGCCAAAAGGAAGUUGCAUAAGAGUGAAUAUAUGAAAGAGCUUUUUGUGUGUGUUGUAGUCUUGUAGAUAAGGAGUUAUAAUAAAUAUUGUUCUUUGUAUUUUCCCUUUUGGUUUCAACAAUCUUGUUUUUUUUUUUUGAGAGAAAAGGGAGAUUCAUUUUUCUUUCUCCCUUGCCAAAUGGUGAUGAGGGAUGCAUCUUAGUGCUCAGUCUCCAAAAAAUCUUUGGACUUGGUUGGUACUAAAACAACUUACGGUUGCUAUCUUCCUUCAUUGGUAAAAGAAGGGGCAAAUUUGUGUUUCUGCAAUCAAUUAGCAAUUUCUGUGCAAUGUUGUGUACUGAUAUUGGAACAAUUCCUUCCUAUGAGGAUAUCUGCUUGUUUUGUGUACACUUUUUUUGGUAUCUGUAAAUGCAAUGGCAACAAUAAAGUACUCAUUUCAAACGCUUGUGUC